AUGGUAAAAGACAAAAAGUCUUUAUUUUUUUAUUAUAUUAUAAGUAUAUUAAAAAUUCAAUUUAUUAUGAUUCUUUUAUUAUAUUGUGAAUAUAUUAAUAAUUCAAUUUAUUGUGUUGUAACCACCACUCUACUUUUCGCAAUGAUGUUAGCAUUUGUUAGAACCGAAUUGGCUGAUUUAAUAUAA